GGAAGUGCGUGUAUUCUGGGCAAAUCGCUGUUUACUUCCUGCGAGCGGCAGCUGUGGCUCAUUCCGUCGCUGUUCUUCCUUGGAAGAGGAUGGCUCUGGAGACAGUGCCGAAGGACCUGCGGCAUCUGCGCGCUUGUUUGCUGUGUUCGCUGGUCAAGACUAUAGACCAGUUUGAAUAUGAUGGUUGUGACAAUUGUGAUGCAUACCUUCAGAUGAAAGGUAACCGAGAGAUGGUAUAUGACUGCACCAGCUCUUCCUUUGAUGGAAUCAUUGCAAUGAUGAGUCCAGAGGACAGCUGGGUCUCCAAGUGGCAGCGAGUCAGUAACUUUAAGCCGGGGGUAUAUGCAGUGUCAGUCACAGGUCGCCUUCCCCAAGGAAUCGUGCGGGAGCUGAAAAGUCGAGGAGUGGCCUACAAAUCCAGAGACACAGCUAUAAAGACCUAGCGAGAUGCACAGCCUCCAGCAUCUUUGUUCCUGCCUCUGCCUCUGCCCCUGCUUAUUUUUUGUUGUGGAACUAAAUGGGCAGAACUGCAAAUACGUCCCACCCUCCGAGUCUGAGACUCAGGCUGUUGAGGGAGCAGCACAGUGUGUCCAUGGGCCGUUUUACCUUCUCUGGUGGACUGCGGCAAGGAUGGGAGCAGUUUGGGCUGGUGGAGUGACAGAGACUGAAUUCAGUGGGGACUAGGAUACUGGUUUUCCUACCCACCACUCAGAGCUGUGCCCUUGCUCUUGCCCUUGGGCAGGACUCUGGGUCAAACGCAAAUAAACAUGAACCCCGUAGGGCUAUUCUUAAGGCUGUAACAAAUGCCUCCUCUCCCUCUUCCUUUUUCUUAGCUGGGCACAGUCAAAACUCAUUGCCCAGUAAGCAUCUUCCCAGAUCAGCAGAGGCCCUGCAGGCCGCUCCCUGCAGCCUUCCCAGUGUGCUUCCUUGGGUCUCAGGAGGUCUGCUGUCCGAGUCUAGGCAGCCCUCAGCCUGGUAGUCCUGGUGUGUCUGCUGGUUGUAACUUUCCCUUCUCUAGAUCUGGCUCAGUGGGUGUCCCUCAAAGAAAUCCUGGGCCGCCUUCCUGUUCUUUGCCCCUUGACCACAUUUAGAACCUUUUUUCCGUCUUUGUUGUUUUUUUUUUUUUUUUUUACUGUCCUUCCUACACCUUAGGUCCACCAGUGGCACCCAUGAUCUCCCUCUCCCCUGCUUUCCUGCGUUUCCCUAAUGGAGACCCUCAGGUUGCCGAUGGGUCUUGGUCUGGCUCCUCUAUCCCUCCGCAGGAGGUGGGCUCUCCUCUCUCUGACCUAGCGGGGGGCCUUGAGUGAUGUCCAGUUAGUGGCCAAGGUGAGUGACUUGUUUUGGAAUUAAAUUUUUUACCGUUAA